CGCCACAAGCAGGACGGCAGCAGACACCUGCCGGUGUACGGGUGCGCGCCGCCCGACACCUGCGGCUCAUAGCCCAUAAGGGAGACGGUGCCAGAGGGGGGCGUGUAACGGCUUCUUGUAGGACGGCGAGCACUGCAGCUCUGGACAUGUUCCUUCCGUCUCGUGUGCUGCUGCUGCUGCUUCGUAUAAGGUCACUCAGUGAGAGAGGCGACACCUGGGAAAGUUUGUGCGCGCCCACGUCGUGCCCUGUCCGCCCCGCGGGGAAAGUGACUGCUCGUGCGCGCCCAGUCCCGGGAGCGCGCGUGGGCUGGCUGUGCUGAGGAGAGGAGUGCUGGAGACUAGUCAGUGUGAGGGAGCAGCGGCUGCGGGACGGAGCCUCCCUGUGUGUGCACAGCACCUGCCGCCACGGCUUUUUCUCCUCUAGGAUUGCACUUGUGCGCUAUUGCUGGGAAUCUCCUGGACGCGUGUGCCCUCGUACUGCCCGAGUGAGGAGGGCGCAGGAGUGUGUGAUUAGGUGGCUGCAGCGCAUCUCUACCCCUGGACACUAGUGCCACAGGUGCCACCCCGGCCGGACCGGGCGCCUCUUCUUCAUCAGCCUGUUGUGGUGGGACCCUGGGACAUGGCAGCGAGUGCCCUCCUGACUCUGUGUGUGCUGUGUGCCGCCACUCUCCGGACAGGUUUUGGUUUACAUACGGUUAGUGCAAUUUAUGGAGAAACAAUUGAUAUACCUUGUGGUCGUGGCCAAGAAAAACUUGAUGGUCUACUAUUUGGAAAAUGGAAAUAUGAACAACCAGAUGAAAAUGCUGUGUUUGUAGCUACUCGGUCUGCUGUAAAAAACAAGACCAGUUUUGAUGAUGUACCAGAAUACAAUGGACGCCUGGAUCUAUCAGAGAACUACACGUUGUCCAUCUCGAAUGCAAGGAUCACCGAUGAAAAGAGAUUUGUGUGUAUGCUGAUAACAGUAGACAAUGUUUUUGAAGUGCCAACGCUAGUCAAGGUUUUCAAGCCACCUUCCAAACCUGAGAUUAUCAACCAGCCAACAUUUAUGGAAACGGGGAAGCUAAACAUUGUUGGAGAUUGUGUUGCUAAAGACAGCUACCCAGAUGCCAACAUCACAUGGUAUAGAAAUGGUCAAGUCCUCUUACCGAUUGAUGGAGUUGUGUCUAUAGAGUGGUCAAAAGAGAGAAACUCCACAAGUGGCCUUCAUAACAUCCGUUCUUCACUGCAGUACAUGUCAACCAAAAAUGACAUUGAUGCACGUUUUUCAUGUGCAGUGACUUACUAUAUGCCAAAUGGGAUGGCAUUAAUGGAGUCUGACCCAGUCGUCUUCGAUAUUUAUUACCCUACAGAAAAGGUGACAAUACAUGUGCAGUCCCCCAAAAAAACUAUAAAAGAGGGAGAUAACAUUACAUUGAAGUGUAUAGGAAAUGGCAACCCACCCCCACAAGAAUUCUUGUUUUACCUCCCGGGUCAAGAAGAAGGAAUACGAAGUUCAAGUGCCUACCUUAUAAAUGACAUAAAAAGAAAUGCAACAGGGGAUUACAAAUGCUCAUUGUUAAACAAAGUUAUGAUUGCCUCAACAAUGGUGACUGUGCAUUACUUAGACUUGUCCUUGACACCUAGUGGAGAUAUUACCAAACAGAUUGGAGACAGUCUUUCCGUGUCUUGCAUUCCUUCUGCCAGUAAAAAUGUUUCGGUUAUAUGGAUGAAAAACCAAAAAAUUCUCACACCACCUACUUUUACAAAUCUUCAGUAUCGAGAUUCGGGCGUUUAUGAGUGUGAGACUAGCUUAUUAGAAGUUGAUGGUCUAAGGCGGAAAAAAACACUAAGGCUUACUGUAGAAGGAAAGCCACGGAUCAAGCUAUCUAAAAAACCCAACCCUGAUGGAAAGUCAAAAACAAUUUUCUAUGAAGUAGAUGGCUUUCCAAAGCCCGAAGUGCAGUGUGUCAGUUUAAGUAAUGGAUUGUACCUAAACAAGACUGAAGAAAUCACAUUAAGUAAUGGAAAAUAUUCAGCCAAAAUUAUCAUCUCUCCAGAAGAAAAUGUCACCAUAACCUGCAGCGCUGAAAACAGACUGGGGAAAGAAUCCCAUUCUUUAAAUAUUUCUGCCAUCAGCAUUCCAGAGCCACUUGAACCUAAUGAUACAAGUGGUGAAAGUAAUGACCACGCAAAACUCAUUGUGGGAAUUGUUGUUGGCCUUCUGCUUGCUGCCCUGGUUGCCGGAUUAGCCUACUGGAUAUACGUUAAGAGAUCAAGCUCGGCAUCGAAACAUGUAGGAAAAGAACUUGGUAACACAGAAGAAAACAAGAAACUAGAAGAAAAUAAUCAUAAAUCAGAAGCAUAAAAAGUAUACAUAACAAAUACUCAAGGGAAACCAUGAUGAGCAGUUUGAAGCAUGAAUGUGGAUUGUACUUAAUGGAAUAUAUACAAUGGAGCUGCAAACAUUCAUGGUCAAAGUAUUAAACAUUUGUACCAAGUUGUCCCAGGAUUAUGAGGAAAAUUAUCUCUGAAAAGAAUCAAGAAAAACUGUUCCAACAGCCAUGAUGAUAGCUUACCAUGUUGUGUUCUGUUAUUUUUUUAUGUAAAUGUCUGCACUGAGAAUUUGUUUUGUUUGCCUUUUAUGUAAAUUUUUUUACGUAGCUAUUUUUAUACACUGUAAGGCUUUGUUCCGACAGUUGCUGUCAAUCAGAUGUAUAGUGUAAUGUUAUUAUUUUUUAUGACUGUUUGACGCGCAGGUACAUUUUUAUUUCUGAAUGCCAUCGGUAAAAUGUCACAUAUAGCGGUCUGAAGACUCCCUGAGAAGUUGUAUUCUUGCCCCAACACUACCCGGUUGAGCGGUUAUUGAACAAUCCGUAUGCUCAAACGUAGACGAUUAAUCCAGAUAACACUAUGUGUACAGCCCAUAAGGACGCACAAAGCCGUUGUCACCACACAUGGAGAUUUUGCCGAUAGCAUUGCAGACUAUUGUUAUUCAUAUCAUUAAUUUAAUAAUGACUGGAAUCUUGAUUUUGGUUAGCCACUGCCUUACGAACAGCAUUCUUCAAGCAAGGAAACAUGAUUGCAAAAACAUCUACCGCCGCAGCUGUGCAUUGAAAAACCGUGCUUUAUUCUCAUGAUUGAAGAAGACUAAUUAUUGAAGGACCUACCUAACUUAUAAUUAAUGCUUUCUUUUGCGCUUUUUUUUAUUUUUUUAAUCAUGAUAAUUACAGUUUUAAUUGCCUUUUUCCGCCACCAACAGUUCUAGUAUAUCCAGGGUAAAUUGAGUGAUUGCCAUUGUCUCGUAGCCUGGCUUAAGCUUUAAACUUCCCUCUUAAUUUCUGUAUCCCAUGGUCUGUACAUCUCCAGCAGUGCUGCUUAUUGCAAAUGCCUCAUAAUUAUUGUCUGUCGUACAAACAUUUAGGCUGUAGUGACAGAGGCUCACUUAACAUUGUCAGCCAUAUUCAAAACGAUGAAACCUACUACAGAAGUAGCAAAUGUUACACAUCUAUGUUAAUCUUAGUCUCCGAUGUGACUUGCAAAUUAGAAUUGCUGCUGUAAAGAUGGUAGCAUGACUGUUUAUUGGGUGUUCACAUGGAGCAUGCGUGUUUCAGAUCUAUAUUGCUUGUCCUAUGACACAGCAAGCCCACCCAGGCGCCCCACGUCUCUUAAGUGCAAUGAUCUAAUACUAAUGGAAGCGGCCGUGUGCAUCUUGUUUCAAGUAAGCAUGCUCCAUCUGUAUGGUGAGCAUACAUGGCAACAGUCCACCUGCUUCUUUCAAUGCUCUGUUCUUUGACCAUUGUAAUUCUUGAGCAGCCUGCUUCGCAGUGCGUUGCAGGAGUGAAUGGGUUAAUUUGCUUUAUUGUUUCGUUUUAUUAUCUAACACUAAAGGUUUUAAACGCACCUUCACGCGAUCUUGUGUUAACCGGUACAUAAUUUAUCAUCCGAUAUACAAAACAAUAAAAUGUCUGAGUAUUUUUUGUUACAUUUUAAAUUUGUAACUUUAUAAAAAAAAAAAAUGUGGACUCUUCAAUGCGUGUAAACUUGGUAUUGUAAAUGGACAGCAACAAAUGCAUUGAAUAUCACGAGAUGUAUUUGAUCCUCUGUAAACCGGAAAUAUGUUUCCAGAGACUGUACAUAUAAAGUGUAUUUACUACAA